CCCAGCGACUCGAGUUGAAGUAAUUUAAAUGCGGGGGGAGUGGAUUAAUAAGUAUUGUAAUGGUGAUCUGACGUUAACGGUGGAGUGACUGGUGACAAGGAAUUUGUUCUGUCCGAGAACAUUUAUUAUUGUUUACAAUGAGACUGUGGAUGAUACUGGGUGCGUUGGCUGUGGCUGUGCCGACUGUUCCAGCUGACAUAAGCAGGAAUAAGAACCGGGGAAGAGGCUCCAUGUGGUGGGGAAUUGCCAAAGCGGGUGAGCCCAACAAUCUCUUGCCAAUGUCACCAGCGUCACUCCACAUGGAUCCGACGGUUUAUGCUACACUCAGGCGUAAACAGAGGAGAUUAGCCAGGGAAAAUCCUGGGGUACUUAUGGCUGUUGCUAGGGGUGCUAAUCAGGCUAUUAUGGAGUGCCAGCAUCAGUUUAGGAAUAGAAGGUGGAAUUGCUCGACUAAGAAUUUUUUGAGGGGGAAAAAUUUAUUUGGAAAAAUUGUUGAUCGAGGUUGCAGAGAGACUGCAUUUAUCUACGCAAUAACAAGUGCAGCAGUGACGCAUAGUAUUGCGAGAGCAUGUAGCGAGGGCACCAUUCAGUCCUGCUCCUGUGACUACACCCAUCAGUCCAGGGCGCCUUCCCAGGUGAGGGACUGGGAGUGGGGGGGAUGCUCGGAUAACAUCGGAUACGGAUUCAAAUUCUCGAGGGAGUUUGUUGAUACCGGGGAGCGGGGACGAAACCUCAGGGAGAAGAUGAAUCUGCAUAACAAUGAGGCCGGCAGAGCGCACGUCUCCUCGGAGAUGCGUCAAGAAUGCAAGUGUCACGGAAUGUCGGGCUCGUGCACGGUAAAAACCUGCUGGAUGCGUCUGCCGAAUUUCCGAAUAAUCGGUGACAACCUGAAGGACCGUUUCGACGGUGCCUCCCGAGUAAUGGUGAGCAACUCGGACCGCGCGCGCAACGGCAACGCAAUAGGGCUAGGCCGCCGUCACCGCUACAAUUUCCAGUUGAAACCGUACAAUCCUGAGCACAAACCACCAGGCGCCAAGGACCUCGUUUACCUGGAGCCAUCGCCACCCUUCUGUGAGAAAAACCCAAAGUUAGGUAUACUUGGUACACACGGUAGACAGUGCAAUGACACGAGUAUCGGUGUCGAUGGUUGUGAUUUAAUGUGUUGCGGCAGAGGCUACAAGACCCAGGAGGUCAUAGUAGUUGAGCGAUGUGCAUGUACAUUUCACUGGUGUUGCGAGGUCAAGUGUCAACUGUGCAGGACAAAAAAAACAAUCCACACGUGCCUAUAAAAAAAUAAUAAUCGACUAUUCACACCUCUUCCUGGUGAAGAGGACGCUUUGAAUUCAGUCAUCGAGGGGAAUGUCGAGGGAAUGUAAUUUCUUUGGUCGAGAUAACACGAGGAAACCAUUGUCAUUUCGUCUUUUAUUAAUACUUUUAAUUAACAGUUAUGAAAAUGUCUGUGAGUUCUUCCGCGUUUCAUUCAUUACGCGUCCAGUAUUAUGCAAGGGUGUUUUUUUUAUUAUUAUUUAUUGACGCUCUGUUGAGUGUUCUGACAAAGACUGAGACGGAUUAAGCGAUUAAAGAAGAGUAAAGAUAGUGAUGUUCGUAUUCGGUUGGCGAAACAUUUUCUCCUCUGUACAUAAUAGGGUAAUUUUAAUCAAUUCGGGGGAUCCGGUGCCUGCAACGUCCGCGAUCCUCUUUUCGAUGAGCUUUUUGUAUAAUCUCUUUUGUAUUUUUUUUUCUAAUGUUUUUUACGUUAUUUAUUAAUGAAGGGUGGACGCUCUAGGGCACCUAGGGGUUCAAUCGCUCUUGUAAAUAGUCCUAGGCGGUAGUGAACGAUCCGGUUAUCUGCUUAACACGAGUGUACAUAUUGCCUCAUUCAUUGUCACAAAUAUUGUAAAUACUAUGAAUGAUAUGAAAGAAUUAUGAUACAAUCGUACGCAAAGUUAGGCAACAAGAAUGAUAUUUAAAUUAUUUUUCUACACAUCCGUGAAUAAUUCCAAGUUAAUGCUACCAGU